UCAGUCACAAUACAGGAUUGAAUUUGCCCAAGCUUUCUUGAUCCCGAGUCAGCAUACAGCCUGAAUGUUCACUGACAUAAUUAAUGCUAUAUGUUUCCUAGGGCUAACUGGUGAACUCAUACUACCAUGAAAUAAAAACUAGUCAACAGGCAGGGGUUUAAAUCUUCGAAACGAAGUUUAAGGAUAUUAGGGGCGUGACGCUUGUAGCUGUGGCAGAUAGACACUCGUCGACCGAGAAUGGGAGAGAGAGCGCGCAGGGGAGGGAGGAGGAACUAAAAGAAAAAAGUUAAAACUAAAAAUGGCUUCCUUGUCUUUGGAGUCUGCAGAACAAUCAGAGAAUAGUACAGAAGCGUCUACCGAAGAGGCCGCUCCAGUAAAAGAAGAGACUGAUCCGGAUGAAGUUUCGGAACAGUUGCUAAAAACUUUCCAGAACUCGGCACUCAGCUUUUCGACCGAUCAAGUAGCAUGUCUCUGCGAAGCCCUUCUACAGGCGGGCAAUGUGGAUCGCCUGUGGAGAUUCCUAUCCACAAUCCCUCCUUCGGCCGAGCUGCUACGUGGCAACGAGACCCUGCUCAAGGCCCAGGCACUGGUCGCUUUCCACCGGGAAGAAUUCAAGGAGCUGUACACAAUAUUGGAAAGCCACGACUUCCACCCGAGCAACCAUGGGUUCCUGCAGGACCUCUACUUGCAGGCGCGCUACAAGGAGGCGGAGAGGUCUCGAGGUCGUAGCCUGGGUGCCGUAGACAAGUAUCGGCUUCGGAAAAAGUUUCCUCUGCCAAAAACAAUCUGGGAUGGCGAGGAGACUGUAUAUUGCUUCAAGGAGAAGUCUCGCAAUGCACUGAAAGAGUGUUACAAAAGAAACAGGUACCCCACUCCAGACGAAAAGAAAAACUUGGCUAAAGUGACUGGACUCUCCCUCACGCAAGUCAGCAAUUGGUUCAAGAACCGACGGCAGAGAGACCGAACCCCGUCCGGUACCAACAGCAAAAGUGAAUCAGAUGGCAACCACAGCACGGACGAUGAUGCAGACGACAUCUCCGACAAACCUGAGGACACGGCGGAAUCCACAACCUCAAUCAUCUCGCUCUCUAGCGCCCCCUGCAGCACCGGAGGUCAGAUCUUCCUGAACGGGGCCGGUGGGUUCCUCACUGCCUCCCACCCCCUGCUGCUCAACGGGGGCUCGCUGAUCUCCGGGGCAGGGGGCGGGGUCAUCAUAAACGGGCUGACCCUUAGCGACGGCCACACCGUCACCCUCAGCCCCGUAUCGGCCAACUCGCCGCUGAUCCUCAACGGAGCGCAUGUGAUCUCGAAGAUCAGCGGGGUUGGCCAGGACAUGGACCUGGAGGGCCAGGGGGCUACGGCCAUGGAGUCCGGCUCUGCCGUCUCCCCCCCCCUGCCGGAGGGCCGCAAGGCGGAACACAUUCGUGUGACCCACCCCUCAACCGUCCCCACCCUGGACUUCAUCAACGUCCCAGAGGGGAUGGUUCUCAAUGCGGAGGAUGUCCAGGCGGUCUCUCCGUCUUCUUCCUCGUCGUCGCCGUCGACGUUCUCCCCCGCCUCCCUACCCUCCCUGGUCCUGACUCAGAGCAGCAGCCUCCCGGACAGCCUCCCGGCGUCCAUGUCCACUCCAGGUGUGGUUCUGUCCAACCCAGUAGUGAGCCUCAGCGGGCAGCACGGGGAGUACGUGGUGUUUGCCACGGCCGGCUCCCAGCUUAACCCCUCCAGCUCCAUCUGCCAGGUGGUGUCCUCCUCCAGCUACUCCGCCCCACAGGUGUUCUCCCUGCCCCAGGUGGUGCCCUCCAUCCAGGGUAUCCCUGUGUCCCAACUGGUCCAACACUCCCCCGGGGGCCAGGUCUCCCAGUGUCCCCAGUUAGUCCCUGUGUCGUCCCUCACCUCCUCCCUCCCCCAGGGAACCCUGUCCCAGUUCCAGGGCCAUCAGACGGUGAACGUUGGCCCCCGCCUGGCCCAGCCCCUCCACCAACAGACUGGCUCCUCCACCCUGGGAGAGGGAACCACCAUCCUCUCCAUGUCUCAGUUCUCCAGUGAGCAUCUUCCCCAGGGCCUGACACUACAGCUGUGUGACCAAACCUCAGCCACCACCACAACGCUGACCCAGUCCCCACUAGGCCAUCCACAGGCCACGCCCAUCUCCUCCCCCACCCAAGUGGUUCCCAUCUCCCAUUCGAAAGAAUCCGCCCCGACCCAGCUGGUCCCCCUCUCCCUGCCCCAGCUGGUGCCGGUAUCAUCCGCAGGCCAACUUUCCUUCCCCCAAGUUGUCCCGGCCGCCCCCUCUCUGUCUGCAGGGGCCUUCCAGAUCCUAACCUCAGCCCCUGGAGGUGGGAUGACCCAAGGGCCCUUCAGGACGAACCAGCUGGGGCCUCAACAGACGGUUGCCGCCUCGCCCAGCAUGCCUCCAGGGGUUCAGCUCCUCAACUCUGGUGUCAUUCAGCUCCCCUCCACCUCUCCAGGGAACCUCCUCCUUGGUGGAAGCCCCAUCAUAAGUUUCCAGCAGGGCAAGCUGAUCCUGACCAUCCCAGCGGGCAUCCAGUUCACCAACCUGCCCAUGAAAGCUGUCCCGGAGACGUCCACCCUGCCCGCCAACGGGCUAGGCCCUGUUCUCGCUCUCAACCCCAUCAUCCACCCCGUCUCCACCGCCGUCCACACCUCCAACAGCCUCCAGACGCCCCCGCUCUGCUUCGUCAACUCGUCUCCUCUCUACUGCACCGCGCCUGAGACGAGCGUCUCUUCUAACCAGCCCCUCGCCGCCGCCGCCACCACCUCCUCCCCACAAACCCUGGAGCCCUCCGCAACCCCCCCCAGUGUCCUCACCCCAGAAAGCAUGCUCUCUCUCAGCCCCAUGUGCAGCGGGGUGACCGCCAACACCCAGCUCUCCCAGACCACCUGGAGCCCUGUGCCUCUCUCCACAUCCGCCAGCCUGACUAUGUUUGAUGUCCAUGGGAAGGGAGAUCUACCCGAUGGCCCUGCUUUGCUGGGCCUACCUGGAGGCGAGUCCCUACUCCUGGGGAGCCCUUCUCCAGAGCAGGAUGUGGCCAGGGGGUCGCCGUUAGGGGACGCAGAGGAGAUGGACGGAGAUGCCAAAAUCCUAACCCAGCUACAGUCCGUUCCCGUGGAUGAUGAGCUGGGUCUGUAAUCCAGUCUUUCCAGCCCGGAUGGAACUAAACCGACAUUACAACCGACAUGUCCACUUGUUGGAUAAAGCAUGGUGGGAUAUGUGGAUGGUUUAAAACAUGGAUUGAUCUGGAGGAUGGCCUUGGUUUAUAGGCUGAUUCGUCCCCUCCGCUCAGCACUGUAACUUCCUCCUCUGCAUACACCCAGAGUCCUUCCUGUUUCAGCAGACCAGCCAAAGACAAAACGAAGGAGCACAUCUGGCCCGGAUUUCAGCCAUGGGAUUAAAAAGUCCUUAAAUUCCAAGCAAGACGUGGUUCCUUUUCUUUUACAAAUAAUUCCUGAGGAUGUUCUACUGCCUUUAUAAACAGACACCCUGUUUCAGCCAAGAUUAUUUGUACUACAGGGGAAUGAAUGCUGUGGGUUUUCAUUGGCCGAGCAGUACACCAGCAUUCAGUUCUGUUGAGUUGGAUGAGCCGGUUCUGAAUGACUGCUCGCUCUGCUUGUGUGACACUAGAUACGUUAGAACUAUAACACUGAGAUGGAUGUCUCAGUCCUCUCUGUGUUACAGCAUCAAGCACUCCUUGUCAUUUUACUACAGGUGUGAAUAAUAGCUAAACUCUAUCACAUCCAAGAUCUAUAGGAAGAAACUGGGUCACCUGGGAAUUUUGUUUUAUUACUCUUUUACUCUAUGCAAUGCAUGUUCCUCUGUAAAUAUGACAAAUGUGACAGACAUCACACACUUAUCACAAGUAAGCCUGUCCUACUGGGACAGAGAAAGCUUUAGUUACACACUAUGAAACCUAAUGCACGUAUGCUACAAACUCUGCUGUGAUCACAUCGCGGGACAAUGAACAUCGUGGGACAAUGAACAUCGUGGGACAAUUGGAUGGGUCACAUUUGUACACUACAGAUAGUAUAUAGAGUUUCUGAAUCAUGACGCUGGUGUUUUUCAAAGUAUGGCUUUGAUCUGUAGUCACUGAGGUUGGUGAGUUGGUGCUGUUUCUUAAAUGAAGGUGUGCCUGUUCUAACAGAAUUUUGCACCAUUGAUACGAGCAACCUCCGACAUCUAUUAUGAAUUUCUUAAUAAUCUGUGUCCUUUUGUCUUUGAACAGGUGAUAUGAUACUCUUGGUUGUAAAGCUGAUGCAUAAUUUUUAUUUUUUAGCAUCACUAAAACCUACCAUGGCAUAAUCUCCAUU